AUAGACUCGACGAUCGAUCGCAUUAAAGUAAUCCGGGCCCUUCCGAACCGCCGAGCUCGACAGCACACCUAUUACCUAGGUAUAUAAUGCGAAGCAGACAGCGAUGUGUCCCAGGUUAUAAAAAGCAAAUACGGGGGCAGAGGGGGCAGUGGAAGAUGGACGACAAUAUCCUCCACAGCAGCAUCAACACACGCAACGGAAGAUACAUCCAAAACAGCGUCGCCAGCCAGCCAGCCAGACAAACACAUGAGAUUCGUUCGUGUUUACCACCGCCACCUCUUUUCACUAUCAAGGUGAGAUAAUUUUUCUCCAUCUGCUGAUAAUUACAACGACCUAUAUAUACAACAGAACAGAACAGCACACACGUCUUUCCCAGGAUAAACCAAACGCUAGGAGUGAUUAUUUUGCAGGGUAGGGGA